UGCAGGAGGUGGUCGCCUGUUAGACAGAAUUCGCAAGUGGUAUUAUAAUGCAGCUGGAUUCAACAAACUUGGAUUAAUGCGAGAUGAUACAUUGUAUGAAGAUGAUGAUGUAAAAGAAGCACUGAAGAGACUUCCAGAACAUCUUUACAAUGAGCGAAUAUUUCGCAUAAAGCGAGCACUCGACCUAAGCCUGAAACAUCAGAUCCUUCCAAAAGACCAGUGGGUGAAGUAUGAAGAGGAUAAGCAUUAUCUUGAACCGUACCUAAAAGAAGUAAUCCGUGAAAGACUUGAAAGAGAAGCAUGGAACAAGAAAUAACUAUUGAACUACUUCAUGCAAAUAUCCGCAUAUUUCUAUUUUUAAACAUUUGGUUGUAGAAGUCUACAGGGAGGCAAAUGUGAGGCUGAAGAGUACUGUGCAUUGAAUCUGUUCAUCCAACUAAAAUAAACAUGUCAAGGUAUAAAA